AUGCAGUCCCUCGCCGUUCUCUUCCUUGCCCUGGCUGGCACCAGCAUUGCGGCUCCUGCUCAAGACCAAUCUGUUAGCCAAUCGGUUCCCGUCGUGUCUGCUACCCAAGUUCAUGGCCAGGCUGCUCCGGUGGGACUUCCCGGCUUCAAUCACCUUACUCGAAAUGCUACCCAGGGAGCUGUCAAGGCCCCUGAUGGUGCUGCUUUUGACGGCACCUGUGUGCAGAUUACGCUUGGAGGUCAUGGAAAGGUCGGUAUGACGACGCUUGAUGGUCUCUGCAGGAACAGUGCUGGCGAGUGGUGGAAGACGAGCUUGAACUUGAACGAGUGCAUUGGAAAUGCUGGAGGGAACUUGGUAUACCAAGCGGGUGGUGGAUUCGAUGCUACUUGCAGACCUUGCACGAUUGACAACAUCCACGGUGGAGACAACAUGAACCUCAAGUGCAACUGUCUGGAUGGCAAGCGCAUGCCAAGGUUCACUGCUCUGGAGAUUGGUUCCCGCGUUGGGAACCCCCUGGCCGUUAAGCUGGUGGACGGGCGCUUCGUUUGCGGCAACAACGCUGGUAGCAUGGGUCCUGCGUUUACCCAAUAA